AUGGCUCAAGAUCGUCCAGUCAAGAAUGCUUCUGGUCGCUACGAUAAUGUCGACUUUAGCAAAGCCGCCGGUUUCAGAUACCCUCCCAUCAAAUGCAGCUACAACCGCCGCGAUGUUUUGUUAUUUGCCAAUGCGAUUGGAGCGCAAAAAGACGAAUUGCAUUUUCUCUACGAACUGCAUCCCAAGUUUGCUGCAUUUCCAACCUUUCCAAUCAAUCUUGCAUUCAAACAGACGGACCAGGAUGUAUUUGACUUUAUUGCUCGGACUGUGAGCGCUGAUGUCCCCGGGGUACCACCAUUCGAUGCGCAGAGGUCCGUCGAUGGCGAACGGGGGAUCAAGAUCUUGCGACCAUUACCGGUCAGCUCAGAGGGGCUCGACUUGGAAAUUCGUAACCAAGUCGUUGGAGCCUAUGACAAAGGCGGGGCCAUGAUUUUGGAGACUGAAGGAGAAUUAGUUGACGUCAAGACGGGACUCGUCUAUGUGAAACUCACAUCUACCGCUUUCGGCAUUGGCCAAGGAGGAUACGGAGGGCCGAGAGGACCGUCAAAGCCAAAUGCACAGAUCCCGAACCGCUCACCAGACACCAUCCACAACUUCAAGACUACACCCGAGACGGCUCUGCUGUACCGAUUGUGCGGCGACUAUAACCCCAUGCAUGCAGAUGAUGAGUUUGGGCAGCGUGCUGGAUUCAAGGGCUCGAUCUUGCAAGGCUUGGGCACCUGGAAUAUUGCAGCACAUGGUCUCUUGAAGGAGCUGGGUAGCUCGGAUCCGACCAGGCUCAUGGCAUACAGCGCUCGGUUCAAAAGUGUUGUGUAUCCUGGUGAUGAGUUGGAAACACGAAUGUGGGUUGUUGGAACAGACAAUGGCUGUGAUGAUAUUCUGUUUGAGACAAUCGUCAAAGGCGACGGUAGAGUGGCACUCUCCAACGGACAGGCCAAGCUAAAGCAGAGCGGCAGCAAACUGUAG